CACGGAUAGACCUUUCUCCUGUUCUUAAGACUGUCGAGUCUCGUCAGUUCUUACCGGAACACAGACCAAGUUACAAAGCAUCCGAAGAAAGGUCGGUCACUGUUUUUUUUAAUUAUCGCGACAGUUCUUCACCGGUAAAAAAUUUUUGUUUCUCUUACACACGAAAAAAGGAUUUUUUCCUCAUUAAAUUCAAUGUCUUUAGAGUGACUUUUCGGCAGUGAAGCCGAAAAAUAAAACCACCACCACCCCAUGGUGGAAUUUUUUGUAAAACUUCCCCUCGUGAUCGUUUAAUGAUAGUGUGUUUUGCUUCGUUUUUAUAUAAAGUGCAACAGUGGACAAAUAAUCAAUUAGAAAAAUUUUUACGAACAAGAUAGAGAUGGGUGCUGAGAUGCGGCUACUUAGGUUUACCAAGUUACUCCUGUUGUUACUGAUUGCCACAACGGUUCACACUAGGGACACUGAGGAUGCUAGUAGCAUAAACACCGAAAGAAUCAGACCUGCAAGAAUAGAAAGGGAUUUGGACGGUGAUUAUCAAUAUGAACUGGAUGAUAGAGAGAAGUACAAUCGCUAUCAAGAGAACAGCUUCGCGCAAGAUAAAAAACUCCCCAACGAUCCGACUAAUUCUUUUGGUGUGAGAGUACAGGAUUCUGAUGAUUAUGAAAAAUUGACAGACGAGAGACAACGAAAACGUGUACGUAUCAGGGUUCCUGUUGUGCGAAGCAGAAAUGGAAAACAAUUUGCGAGAACUGUCGUGAGACGAAGACCGAUUGCCCCCUACACGAGGAGUGUUGCACCACUUGAAGUCAGUUCACACUCACCUAGAAGAAUUGUCGUCACUCGGGUUCGUCCACGCGGACCUGCCCACACUCCCGGUUAUGCUAAUGAACUGACAAAUGUGGACUACCAAUCGUAUGAGAACGUUAGACAGAAUUCCGACUAUGGAACACAUGAUAAUUAUCGUCCAUCUGAUUUUGAUGAACAAUUUGACGAUUUAGAGAAGCGGAAGGAAUUUCAACCCUCCGAAUUUGGAAGACACAAGGUGACGAUUACUAGAAGGAGGAAAAUUUCACCCGCUACCGCGUCGGUAUUCCAGCGUGAAAGGGUGACCCGGAAGAAACUCGUAUCUGUACGACCAAUACCACAACCGUCACCAACAUUAGCUAUCAUCACCACUGGAUUCUUUACCAUACCGUCUGAGGAUGAUGAGGAGGAAGAGUAUUCUGAUGAAGAAGAUGAAACCCCAAUUGACGAACUUCGUCAUUUCACACCUAAACUUCAUGACACUCCGAAUAUAAUUGAAAACAAACCAUUAAUCAAUAAGGAUAUUCCAGAAAUUUCCAAAAUUGAAGACUCUGAUAAACCGAUUAUAAUUACCGAUAAUUUUUUCUUUCCGGUUUUCCAAGAUGAUGAUGAUGAUGAUGAUGAUGAUGAAGGUUAUGAUGGUGACGUUGAUGAUGAUGAUAAUGAUAGUGAUGUUGGUGCUAGGGAUGAUCGUACUAAAAUUGCAGAUGUUCCCAAUAAAGCUUUCUCUAAGGAUGAGCCUAAUGAUGAUACUAGGACUGUUUCUGAAAAUUCUAAUAAGCAAACCGAUCAUUCAAAAAUGAUGGAUGAUGAUAAGGAUAGGGAUAAUGCUGGAAAGAAUGAAAGAGAAGAAAAUUCUACCAGUCAGGAUAGAAAGACAUCAGAAAAGGCUGAUGCUAAAGAGGAUACCAAAAUUGCCAUUGAUAAAGACAAAAGUACUGGAGCUGGUGUUGUAGAAACAGAUCAUGUUGUAACUGAAGAUGGAAGUAUAUCUAAGACUUAUUAUGGUACAACUGAUACAGCUACUGAUAGGUAUACUACAAAAGUAGAUGAAGCAACAGAAUCACCACCUACAACAACAGCACCAACUACAACACCAACACCUGAAGAAAAUUUGUAUCCAACAACCAGUGAACCACCACCAACAACCAGUGAAGUUACUGAAAAUUCCUCAAAAGACGUUCAAUCAGAGGUCAGAACAGAAUCCACCCAAAUUGAUGAUUCAAAAUCCGAAACUGAAUCCACUCCACUGGAAACAACUGAAUCAACAACCACUGAGCAAACAAGUGCUUCUAUCAAAGAUCUUCCUGAAGUUACCGACCAACCAACAUCAACAGACAUCGAACCAUCAAGUCCACAACCGAAAGUAAUUGCCGACACUUCUUCCACUCCCAAAACCACUGAAGACUCCCUAACAGUCAAACCCCUAGAAACUUUCGUUCAACAAGAAGAACCAUCAACCCCAUCAGUAGAUCCAUCACCACAAACCGAAACCGGCUACUUCACCGACUUUGAUGAUGCCGACAUACCAAGUGUCAUUCCACUCGACACUGAAUACAUUCUCGAAAGUAGUCAAACAAUAAUUUCCAGUCACGAAAAAUCGCGUUCAAUUGCCCAAGUGACAACAACAUUCACAUCACCAACUCCCGAAGAUAUCGAAGCCGGUCUAGCUGAUGAUUUAUAUCUAUCUCUAUCACGUCCUGAUUUUCCCGAAAUUCUACCAUCAAAGCCACUUUUCGAUUCAGUUUCACCAACAUCUGAUCAUUCGGGUUCAGUAAUUCCAACACCUGCAUUGAAAACAAGUGUCUAUUACACCGAGACAAUUGUGACAUCGACGAGAUUGAGAACAUACACUUAUGUUGUUACAAAAUUGAACGGACUCGAGACUGAGGUGACUUCAUCGACGACAGUAAGACCCAGAGUAACGACAUUGACACUGACAGUUCCCAUUACAGUGACAGUGACACCCACCGCGGAAUUGACAUCGAGCCUCGCGCCAUCAGAUAAUAAUCCAGAAAUUGUUACUGAAUACACCGGAAAGGAAGAUGAUGGUGGUUCUGAAGGGGAAGGACGAAAAUUUAAUCUCGCGACAAGAGUUAUGUCGAAUGGUGUCGAGGUCAUCGUUGCGGGUCCAACUCCUGCUUUAAGGUGGGAGAAUUCAAAUUCUCAGCCAACUUUAACAUUAUCAGAUGCUGUUGUCAUGCUUCUUCCACAAGAAAAGCCAAAUGAGUUUGUUACCAAAACUUGCACAACGACCUUUACGUAUCUGAGUACAAUCACAAAAGACGGUGUCACAAUCGUCUCUACUGAUCAGCAGGUUGUUGCUAAUACGGCUACGGAGGAACGUCACCGGAAGCCAGCCUCCGAAGCUGCUGCUUAUACAUUAGAGGCUUCACCUACUUUAGAAACUGAAGUUUUUAAAACGACCUAUACGUAUCUGACACUAAAUACGGAUCAUCCAGAUGAGAAAAAUGCUCUAGAGAGUAGCGUAAGAGUUAUUACGAAUACAGUUACUGCUCCUAAAUACUACUUAGAUAUGAUACUAGAACCCUCGGAGGCGCCAAGGCCGGAAACAAACACUUAUUUGAGCACCCGAGUCCUAGAAAAGACAAUUACUGAAGAUGGUAGAACGAGAAUUCAAUCGACAAGUGAUACUGUCACUCAGCUUAUAAUAACAGAGUCGGCACCACCGCCUCGACCUAUCAGCGUUGAAACCACACUGACGGCACUCGAUGAAAAUGAAAGUCCAUCGCCAGAUAUAACCAAGACCUACUAUAUCACUUACACUUAUUUUAAUACCUUUUUGGAAAAGGAUAGUACAGUAAUUAAAACAAAUGUCGCCACAUCAACUGAUUACGUCCUGGAAAAAGCGCCAAAGAAAACGUCUAUUAAAUUAGUUCCCGCUAAUCAAACACCAGAUCCAAUUCAAAUUUACGCAACUAAAACUUAUUUGACAACGUUUACUUAUUUCACAACACUUCUUCAGGCGGGUCUAGACGGAAAAACUGCCACGACAAUUUCCUCACGAUCUCAAAUCGUGGAGAAUGUUGUCACUGAAUCAAUUGCGCCAAGUUUACUCGAAGCUGGAUACAUGAAUGCUCUUUUAACAACGUCACAACAUUCUGAUCCGGUAAAUAAUGUCGUGACUGGAUCGACAAUUAUCUUUUUCGACGACGAUGAACAAACUCAACCCACUAGUACCAGUUUACAAGACACGCUUGCAACAGCAAGUCAUGAAAAUCCUGUUCAAGUUCCCGAAAGUUCGGAAAUUCUUUCUUCUAACGUUCACAGUAAUUCCGAGUCCGAAGAAUCGAUAUCUCCCGAAGAGCAAGAAUCUUCGAUUCAGGAAGAAAUCGUGCCACCUGAAAAUGUAGAUGACUCGGAUCAAAAUAAACGACCUACGGUUCUAAACUCUGAUCUACAAGUGAGCAAUCUUCUGAACUUGGGAUCGCUGGGAAUUAAUAGUCUUUCAGCGCUGGGACCAGUCAUUACAGCAAUGGCGGGAUUAUUACAAGGAAAAACGGCUAAUCGGAGAAAUGAUACAUCACCAAUACCUCCUGGCUCUGUACCAGUUUCUGAAGCACCAGACACAACAACUCUUAGAUCACCGAUUUACAUCCCAGUCGCGGAUUUUGCUGACGGUGACAUUGAAACAGCUGAAAGUCAAAACGUCGCUCACAUACUAAAUGUGAACCACAAUCAUAUUCCGGAAACUCGGCACAAGGUAACUGCUAGUCUAGCGGACGGAAUUCCGAUAUCUCCAGGAGAGGUGAUAACAGCAAAUAGUGACGUGAUAAUCGGCAAGCCGGGCAAAAUGGGACCGAGACCACCGGAAAAAUUUCUGAACGAUGACGAACAUAUUGGCAUGAAACCUCCGCCUAUGUCGGUUCCGAAUAUUCCAGUACAUCCAGUACUGGAGGUAGUGGAAGAUAAUCGAGAUAACUUUAAACACAAAGAAAUUUCGCACAUUGGAAACAUUCCUCUGGAAAUUAUCCCCGCGCAUCAGAUUUAUGAGGAGCACAUCAAAGUUCCGAUUAGAUAUCCACUGAAUCCACCAAAACGACCUCAUCCUCUUCAACCACUGCUUCCUCCACCAAAGAGAAUCAGCUCGAAGCAUGAUAUUCUAGAAAAUGAUCCACUCCUACGACCUCCUGAGAGACCAAUUGAAAAGUACCCACAAAAGUCUGAAAAUGAUAGUCCCAAGUAUCCAUGGAAUCCUAAGGAACCAUUGACACCAUCUAUGCCAACAUCUGUUAAUAAGAUGCAGACGGAUUCUUCAAAAACGAAAAGUUGGAUUGAGGACCAUCAGUCUUGGCCUCAGGACAAAUUAUAUUUAAAGCCUUCGGAGUUCUCUCAAAAUUCGGACUCAAGUCUGUCAUUGACGGAACCGAUUGUUCAUCAAGUGCCUCAUGUAAUAGACCGAGGAACAGGACAACCUUUACUUGUCAAUCUUCAACCAAGUCAGGUAGCGAACGUUGUAAUUCCACAAGGCGGUACUCAAGCACUCAUCUUCGGAGACACCAACGAACCCCACAUCAGUGGGCAAUACUUUGAUGAUCCCUCUCCUUAUCCGGAAUCCGAAGUUGGACCCACUUUUACAUCCAUAUCGAAGGGAGAAAAUAUACAAUACCCAACGGAUGAGGUGAACUAUAUGAUACCACCUCCACCGAAGAAUUACAAACCAGUGACUAUAAAACCGGGUAAUACAAAAAAGCCUCAUGUGAUUCCCCUCUCACAGACUCAUGGUCAUCAGGAUUAUAUAAAACCUCACGGAACUUCAAUUUUACGACCGGUGGAGCGCUAUCCUGUUCGUCGUCCCGAAGUUCCAGGCACACCAGCAGGUCAAGGACAUGUCCAUACGGAAAUAUUGGUCCAUCACAAACCGGAAAGUGUCAAUCUACGACCUCAACCUGUAUCCCAUCGGCCUCAUCCGUUCCCGAUUCAACAAUUACCACCUAGACGGGACUUUAACAAAGUUAAGAAACCAAUAGAAAUUACACCACCUAGAAGAACGGAGGUAUCGUUGCCAACCGAAAAACCACAGGAGUUUGCUCCUUCCACAAAUUUAGAUACUGGUAACGAAGUAUCUGGUAACAAGAAUUGGAAGCUGAAUCAAAAACCCCUUCGAACUUCCCUAACUAGGCGACCUAGACCAACGUUUAAGCCCCGCUACCCAACGAGAGGACGACCUGUAAUUAAAAAACCUCCCUAUAUUACUAAUCAACGAUUGCCGUUAAAACCCCCAACUAAUGUAGAUCAAUCAAAUAGUUUCGCCAAUACACAAAUUUUGAAUACUUCCGUUGAAAAACAGAAAAUCGACUUCCCUUACAAUAUUGUCCCGAACAACGAACAUUCCAUGAACAUCGAUAACUCUCAGAUCAAUCAGCAGAAUACGGUACCAAAUUUCUUCGCUAAUGGUGAGAAACCAGGGGCAACGAAUUCCCAGACAGAGAGAACUGAUGAGUACAUACCGACCGGUGCAGUGGAAUAUAAAAAUCCGUCCUCUGAACAGCAGAUAAAAAAUACUGGAAACCAGUAUUAUGCGCCUUAUAACGGAGAGGAGUCAAAUAAACCGGUAUCCGAUUCCGAAUCUGCUGAUUCUGAUCCUGUUAAGUUUGCAACUCCGAUUGAAUUCGAUAAGGGACAAUCGGAAACUUCGAUGGAUUCCUCGAACAACGAAGAUAAGACGAAUCGAAAUCAGAACGUCUACAAGAAACCCCAGGAAGUUAACGAAAAACCCGUUGACUCUAAUUCCCAUGUUGUUUUCCAAUAUCCUAGUAUCAACAACGGUCACGAUCUUCGAAAUCAGUAUGGAGUUAGACCCUACGAUAUGCCCAUAAUUCAAGGAAAACCGUUCGGAGUCUACGGUGUGAAGAAUCACGAUAAUAGAGCACCAAUUUACGGAAACGUUCAAGGAAGCUUCUCCUAUGCGGGAUCGAAAGGACACGAUGACACAAUUGAUUUAAAACCACCAGCAAUUAUACCGCAAUUUGAACCAAAUGGUCAUAGUAGACCCUACGGGCGUCCUGAUGGCCAACCAGGAAUUUAUCAGCAACCGGAAAUAAUAACCAAACCUCCCUCCAAAACCUCUAGGCCAGAUCAGUCAGAUUUCAUCCUAUUUGGAGAAGGACACAUGCAACCUGGUCCCGGCCAAGUAAUUAGUGUAAAUGCCGAACCCGAUUGGAGCAUAAAUCAUAAUCGUUCAAAAACCCAGUCCCUAGGCAGACCGAAUUUAGAGAAACCGUUACCAAAACCAACCCCAACUUACAUUGGUAUCUCCCGACCUGAAAUUGGUUCCGGAGUUCGAAUUCAUCCAGAUUAUCCGCAUAUUAUAACGAAACCAAAAAUACGAGUUCCGGGACCAAUUACAAUUUCAUCGGGUUCAUCAAAGCCGGUUGAUAAUACACACAAGCGUCCUCAAUUUUCUUUACCUAUUGAAGCAAUCGGCGAUGAGGAAGAUAGUAAAACGCAGACUGAACGACCUCCUAGUUCACUUGUAAAGAAACCGAGUAAAGAACCAACUGACGAAACUUUAGAAACUGCUUUUCAGACAAAUUUCGCUAGUAGUGAUUCCAAAGAGGAUGCUAAAGACACUUCUAGUGAUGGCUCGCAAAGAAAAGGAAUACCCACAACCAUGAAGCCUAAAGUACCGUCUCAGAAUAUGAUGCCUCCACCUCGAACUUCUUCGAGAAAACCCACGGACCAGAAGACGGAUAAUCAAGAAGGAGUAAAGACAUCUCUAAAAAGUACCGAAGUUGUUGGACUAUCUCCACCACCUGUGGAUAUUACGACAACAAAUCGACCAGCUGAUUCGAAAAUUACCACACUGAACGAAUCUGGUUUGAGACCACCACCAUUGUUUAUUCCGUUGAAGGAUUCUGUCAGCAAAGCGGGAACAAUUUCAUCUCCUAGUAACAAAAUGGUUCCACCUAGUCCAAGACCCACUCACAUCCGACCAUUCUUGGCAGAUAUAUUAUCAGAAGACAUGGUACCACCACCACCUAUCAAAACUUCCAAACCUAUCGAAAUCGCUACUGUCAGACCAGUUGUGGCCGUUUCGGGAUCUAUCCAAAUUGCUUCAGCCGUAGCGACAUCGCACAUACCAGUUAUUCAGGAUGUUGAGUCAAAAAUACCGAUAAUUCAUGGUACGGUUGAUUUACCAGUCGUUGUAGACGUUCCAGAGAUUCUCAGACCGGUGGAAACUAAAAAGGCGGAACAUGUCAGCAUUUACACAGCUCGACCUUUCGAAACCAAACAAACAACAAAGAUAUCUAUUCAACCGUCAGUUGUUUUGACAACUAAUCUCGUAAUACCAACAGCGACAGUUCAGGUUGAGGCGAGUAAAUCACCAGUUACAGAAUCCUCCACAACUUCAACUGUAAUUGUCUCACGAAAACAUAGCAAACGACCUGAUCAUCCAGUAUUCUUGGAACCCAGUAUGGACAAUAUUUUACCCUCUACGACGAAACUUGAAUCAACCGAAACUCUCUCUUAUCCUGUAAAGCCGGAACAUAAGGAGAGGCGACCUACUAGCAUUCAUAGAGAAUCAGUAACCAAGAUUCGAAAACCCUUCAGACCUCAUCUUACAAGGCACCAUAUAAGAAACAAUACUGACAACCGAGUUGUAUACAGUAUCGCAACAAAGGUCGAGAGUUCUGUCAGGAAAGCAACACCUACCAUUAUAAAACCAAAGGACGUACCACAAUUCAUGAAAGGGGAAAGUAUUGAAAUUAUCAAGGAAAUUAUUGGCACUGUUGAAGAACACGAAGUUAUGGAUAAUAGAUCUAAUUCGAAUAAAGAAAUGAAACCAAAAGAGUUCACAAAGUUCAAGACCCUUACCAUUACCAGAACUCAAACAUCAGUUCUGGGUUCACCUCCUACUACUAGAACGCUUUUGCUCACUCAUACCAUGACAUCAACAUCUGUCGAAACCAUAACAGAAACUCUCAUUAGUCCUACGAAUGUUAUUUCAACAAUAACUUCUACUAUUCUUCAGUCUAUUCCGGCAUCUUAUGAAAAUGAGGCCAGCGAUGAUUCGAUUGACUCUAUUUUCGUUGUUAUGAGUGAUCAGAAACCACCUGAACCAGGAGCUGAAGAGGUGGAAGCUGAAUAUGGAGAAGAAAUAUCGAGGGAUGAACAAGAUCCAGCUGGUAAUGAAAUUCAUCGAGUUCUAGCUGGAGGAAUCUUGGGCGCACCAGUAAUUCCUCUUCAUCCAGUAGUCAAUCAAUGUGUUCCUGAAUGCAGAGCUUUUAAAGCUGAAAUGUGCGCCGAAUUUAGUGGCGAAAUGCGAUGUGUCUGCAGACCGGGUUUUGCCAGAAUGUUCCCUGAUCGACCCUGUAAACCUACAUACACUUACACCCUUCGUGUUGGUUUGGAUCGUAUCGGUCGCGACAACGUCCUCUACACGGAUAAUAUGAAUGAUACCACAUCUCAUGAGUACAGGAGAUUAGCGCCUAACGUAAAGGAAGCUUUGGACAGAACUUUAAUGCAAAGUGAUCUGCGGGAUCUCUAUCAAGGCGUUAAAAUUGCUGGCUUUGUUCCCGAACCAGUUCAAGUCAAAUUCCAUGUCUACUUAUUUGACAAUGCGAAUGGAACUCACUUGAAAGAAAUCAUCCGGAAAUAUCUGGUUAACAGUAAUUACAGUCUAGGUGGAACUGAAGUCUACGCUUCUCGAAAUCUUAGUCUGGUUGUUGCGGAAGAUUUCGAUGAAUGUACAACAGUAGAGGACGGAUGGUCACAUCAUGACUGUUCAAUGAAUGCUGUGUGUUUCAAUCUUCCAGGGUCUUAUCAAUGUUCAUGUAAGGAAGGCUGGGCUGAUUUGUCUGAAAAUCCGGCUUAUCCUGGAAGAUUAUGUUCUCAAGCUCCAUUAGGAUGUUCCGCUUGUAACAAUAAAGGACACUGUGUUUUAAAUUCUCAUGGUCACAAUACCUGUGAAUGCUUCCCCUGGCAUAGCGGUCAGAAGUGUCAGAUUAAUCUUAAAGUGCUGCUGAUCGCAUUGGUUACAACGGGAGCAGUCCUUUUAGGACUAUUGGCAGUUUGCGUUAGUUUGGCGUGUUUCCGUCAUCCUGGAAGAAGGCGUUCCUCUGGUGAUAGAAGAGCAAUGAUCCCAGGAGCAGGAACGGGAGGAGACACAAGUAGCGAAGGCAGUGUUGCAGAAUUGGCCAUUCCUCAUCAUGUUCCCCAUGUUUUGCCACCACCACCACAAAUGUUGGCUCCGGCACCUCCAGUCAAACGACCUAUUAGAAAACCCAGCAACAGGCUGCGCCAUCAUGCCAGAAAAGUUAUGCCUGUAGUUCCUCCAAUAGCGAUCGUCAACACGGAGCAACGUGAUCGUUCCUUAACCGUAAUGAUCCCUCGUGCAAAAUACCGAUCAGCACCCCAAUCAACUCAGCCAACCCACAAAUCUGCUAUUAAAAGCACAUUUUCCGUGGAGGAACACAAGUUAAUUGAUUACUUGGAAGGAGGAAUCCAUCCAGGAAUACGAAAACCAACUCCCAUUAUCAAUAACGAUUGCAAAGAGGCGGAAAUACGAGUAAAGAAAUCUCCAAUAUCUCCAACUGGAGCUCUUGUUAGUGCUGGUUUUCAAGUUUCUGCCACAGUAACAAGAACAGUGGACGCUGAGUCGGCAUUGGCUCGAUCUUGUGGUGAAACUACCGUUGAGCCUGCGACAAAAAUUUUGCGCUCCAAUGACUUCCAAGGUGAUAUUGAAUCAAGCCUUGCUCGCUCUUGCACCGAAACGACGAUUCAAACAUCAGCGAAUCAACUUCUCCGCUUAGACAUGCUAGACACUGGUUCUACGUUAGCAAGGUCUUGUGGAGAGACGACGAUUUUGCCAUCAACAAAGAUAGCCAACUCUGAUCGUAAAGAUAACAGAGAUGCUCGGGACAGUACUAGUGAGGGUCAUACGAUGGCUGAACGUGACCUCGGCAGUACGUUGAGACUUCCGGCUCAACAUGCGCAACUGUACAAUUCCGAUAGGGCGAAUAGCGACAGGGAAUCGAAUUUCGACUCCUUGUAGUCGUUUUCAAUGAGCUCAAAAGUAGGAAAAGGAAGGAGAGGAGGUGCCAUGGAUUUAACUGACACGACAUCCAUCAAAUCUACCAACUCUACUGUCGCGUCUCCAUAUUUACCUAUAAAAAUCGACGGCGAAUUUGAGCACAGCGGCAGGCCGCUUUUGGUUUAUUGAAAUUCGUCGUUGUCAGUAGCAGAAAAACUACCAAAUUCUGCUUCAACAAUUCACAAUUGUACAUCGACUUUGAGCGUUAUUUUUAAAAAAAUCACCCUUUCCCUUCUCUCUCUCUAAAAAACGCACAAAGUCAAUGAACAAUUCAUUCGUUUGGAUCGUUUACUCUCCCAAUUUUUUUUAACACAUCAAAAGAAAAACAAUGUUCCUCUUCCGGAGUACAUUCAAUCCAACGAAAAACGCUUUCUAAUUGCGUCCAUUCAACGUGCCAAAAUAUAGCCAAUGAUAAAAAAAAAUCUUCGAAAAUCGUAAUUCUCAAUUCCUAAUAAAUCGACACCGUAUUUAUAUCUAAAUAUACUCUAAUACGCUACGUUUUUUAAUAUCAAAAAACAAAAAUUACUUCCAAUUUUAGUACCUGGUAAAUCUUUUACAGCGACUCAUAGCACUUGACAAGUGAAGAAUUUAUCAUUCAUGAUAUUGGACGGGAUUAACGAUAAAUAUUUUGAAUUUGGAAAAAAAGACGUAUUAUAUUGUAUGAUUUAUUAUUAUUAUUUGUUGUUGUUGUUUGUUUACAUGUUUAGUCUAUUUUGUACGAUUUUUAAGUCAGCUAGUUCGACUUCGUUUUGUGUGUGUAAAAAAAUUUGUUUAUUAUAAGUUAUAAAUUGUAAAAUUAAUUUUAAAAAAAGAGUGUAAAUGUUCAAUUGGAAAAAAUGUUAUAUAUUUCAACUGUUUCUUUUUUUUUUAAAAAAAAGGGAAAGUAAAAACGAAGUCGAAUCGAAAAAUUAGAUUCGAGAGGGAGAGCAGAGAAGAAUGCGUUGUGCAUGGUGGAAUAACUAUAGCUUUAUAUACAUAUUUUUUUUGUGUAUCUUAAGAAACAUUUAUAAUAACAAAAAAACGAAUAGGUGUUAUUAAUGAAAAAAAAUUCUCUCCCUGGCUAAAUUUUAUUUUCUGUAAUAACCAAGUGCUCGACUCGCUUCGAUCAUUGAAUGACGUUGGCGAUAUUUCGCUUGUGUCGCAAAAACGUAUUUACAUGUACCCUUAUUUUUAUAUGUUUAAUUUUAAACAAAAAUUUUGUAUCUAUUAAAAAUCUCUGUUGUACAUAACGCGCUUCUGAAACUUCUUCUUAGUUUUACGUCUAUAUAUAUAAAUAUAUUUUAAAUAUAAUAUUUUAGAUUAUUUUUGUAUACAUUUCGAGUAUUCGAUAGUGCCUGUGUACUUAUGUAUGUUUAAUAAAAAAAAGUAAUAAUAA